AUGUCAGAUCCCGCGACCACCAUUGCCGCCGGCCCAAGCUCAGGCGUCGCCGCCGAACACCACCUCCCCGACCUUCUCGUCCCCAACAAGCAGCCAAAACGAGGUCGUGGUGAAGCGGCAGGAGAUGGACGGCGGGUGGUGGGAGAUGGGCGGCGGCGGCGGGAGUCGGGCGGGAGAGAGAGGGCAAUAAAUGAGAGGAAGACAGCCCAGAAGGCUUUCGAUGGAGCAUCCAAAGAUAACAGGAAGGCAUUCGAGGAGAUCUCCAACUGCCGUCUCAACUCCGCCUCCAACCCCGACGCCAUCCUCGCCCUGCUCUCUGGCGUCGGCCUCUCCCGCGCCGACAUCGCCGACAUCGUCGUCGCGGACCCGCUUCUCCUCCGCUCCUCGCCCAAGAACGUCGGCCCUCGCCUUCUUGCUCUCCGCGACCGCCUCGGUCUGUCCGCUCCCCAGAUCGUUCGCUUCCUCCUGGUCGGCUCACGCGCUGUCCGCGGCUGCGACGUCGUUCCAAAGCUCGAGUUCUUCAUCUCCUUCUACGGCUCAUUUGAAAGGCUCCUCGUGAUCAUAAAGAAUCACAGCUGCAUUCUAUGGUCAGAUCUUGAAAGGGUGAUCAAGCCUAACAUCGCGCUGCUUCAUCAGUGCGGCCUAAGUGGUCGAGAUAUUGCCCGGCUUUUCUCAAUCAGAGCCAGGGUGCUUGUAUUCAGACCAGAGAGCAUCAAGGAGUUAGUGCAACGCGCGGAAGAGCUUGGGGUUCCUUGCAGCUCGCGAAUGUUCUGGCAGGCGGUGGUGGCCGUCUCAAAUAUCAGCAAAGAGAAGGUUGCUGCCAGGCUCGAACUUUUGAAGAGUACUCUUGGUUGCCACGAGAGUGAAAUUGCCACUGCAGUGUCCAAGAUGCCAAGCAUUCUAACAAUAUCUGAGGAGAGCCUUCACCGCAAGAUUCGGUUCUUGAUCAACGAGGUUGGACUGGAGCCUCAGUACAUUCUGCAAAGGCCUGCCCUGUUCGCAUAUAGCCUGGAGAAGAGGCUAGUGCCCCGGUAUUGUGUCAUGAAGGUCCUGCUGGCUAAGGGAUUGCUGGAUAGCAAUCGGAGUUUUUACACAUUUGCUAUAUAUGGAGAGGAGACUUUCAAAUUGAGGUGCAUUGACAGUCACCAGGACUCUGUUCCUGGGCUUGCAGAUGAUUAUGCCACAGCUCGUGCUGGUGUUGUGCCGUAUCAACUUUGAACACCUUAAAAUGUUCCAAUCUUUUUCAUACUCUAGGCAGAUGGUAUAACUGCAACUCACGCUCAUUAGCAGCUGUCAAUGGUGCGGGCAUUCCCAAUUCUUCUUUCUGCAGUAGAACUAGUAAUCUCUGACUGCUCAUAGCCCAAGUUUAAGUUAUGGUUAUCUAUUAUUCUGUCAAGGACCUUA